UCGAUAUACACAAGAAAAAUUAGAAAACCUCAAGCAGUUGUUAUAUAUUUAUUUCAUAGAGCAAAGCCGAAAUAAUGGAAAACGACAAUAAGAAAUCUUUAUUGGAGAAAUAUAAUAUACCCUUGCACCAUUUGGACUUUGCCUACGUGGAAAAGUGUACAAAUGGUCGGGAAAUGGAGAAGAUUGUGCAAAUCCUGCGGUCGGGCCAAGAAGGAUUUUACCCUGAUUUGUUGCGAUGUUCGGAGGAGAAGCUUAAAGAACUGAAACCAGAUAGUAGAUUAUUUCGCUACGAGGAACAGAUUAAGCACAGUAAUGUCUUGGACAAAAAUGAACUCAAACCCAUCCUGGAUUGGACUGAGGCUGUUAAAUCGAAGGACAGUGCUUUAAACGAGCUGAAGAAAUCUAAACAGAAGUUGGAUCUUCCCUCGGUACGCAAACUUUCCAAAAUCGAUUUGGAAAAACAGAAAACUGAGACCUCAAAGCCUGCGGCAAAGGCACCCUCGUCGACCAAGGCUACGAUCAAAGAUAAUAGGAUUAAAUCAACGGAUUACCGUAAAUGGGAUAAGUACGAUCCCGAUGAGGAAAUCCUGCGCAUGGAUCUGGAUGAGGAACGCAGCAAGGAGCUGGCCGAGCAGAUGGUUUCUAGUCACCGGAAAUUGGAUACCGAGGAUGAGUUGAAAAACGAAAAGGCCUCCCUGUAUGAACGUCUUCAAACACAGUUGAAGAACCUAAGCCAACUGGAGAGGGAACAAUUCGCAGAGAGACACCGUCUAAAAGGAAAUGAGUGCUUCAAAGCCAAGGAAUUUGAUAAUGCCAUUGAAGAAUACAACUGUGCAAUUCUUUAUGAUCCUGAAAACGCAGUACAUGCUUAUAACAAUCGCGCUGUAUCACAUAUCAAAUUAAAGAAGUACUUUUCAGCCAUAUCUGAUUGUCAGGCUUGUUUGCAGCUGGACCCAAAAAAUGUCAAGGCCCAUCUUCGCCUGGCAGAUGCUCUUGAUGCCAAUGGAAAACAACUUGAGUCCCUGUCAGUGUACAAAAAAAUACUAGAACUGGAGCCAGAUAAUGUGACUGCCAAGAAGUCCGUGGAGAAGCUAACUUCUCUGCUGGGCGAGGUGGCUCCUGCCAGUGCCACACGUUUGAUGAUUGAGGAGCUAGAUCCGCCCAAACUGAAGACUUCCGAGUCCAAGAAACAGCUGGCUAAAACUGCAAGUGCUCCAGCCCCUAAGGAUUACGAUCUAGCCGAGUUAAUUAAACCAAAUCGCAUGGUUAAAAGCAAACUAGUUUCAGCCGCCGAGGCCUUGGGCAAUAAGUUCCAGGCUCCCAAGGGCGGAGCUCCCGAGAAGCCCCCACUUCCGCCAACCCCACAAGAGUCAAUUUUGCGUUUGCCCCAGGACAACAUCAACACUAACAAUAAGCUGCUAAUCCAGGAGAUUUAAAGGUCAUCCCUGGUUAGCUGGAAUAGCACAAGGUAAAUGCAGCCAGGGCUUUAUUAUGACUGUAAAUGUGUGUAUAAGUACAAAUAAAUGAUGGCAGAGUCA